AACAAUGGCCGGCACAGAAUGUAAACAAACACAUGCUGCGAUAAACUGAGACAUGUUACUCUCCAAACUUAAAUGAAAUUUUGGCGAUUUCUCUUGGCUGAAAUCGAAAAAAGGACAAAAAGGCUUAUUUACAGUGAUAUUUGAGAACAAGGAAACUAUGAGGGACGAAGAAAAAGUUAUGUUUGUGAAGCUUAGCUGCGCUUGCGAGCAACUGCUAAAAUCGCCAACAAAAACGAAUGCAGCUGACCUAAAUCGAAUAAUAAAACUUCUGCAUGUGUCGUCGUUGAAAGAACAUCAAAUUCGAAUCUUACUUACAUUGCUUAAGGUCAUUUCGAGUCAAGGGAUAAGCCCUGAUAUCAAACUUUCCGCUGUCUCGACCUUAGAGGAUGUUCUAAUGACAAUUCCAACUGUCCCGGAUUUUCUGAUUCUGCGUCAUCUCAUCCAAAACUUAAUUCAACUCCUCUUCGACCCUCAAAAUUCGAAAUUAAGCUGCAACAUUCCUGAAGAACUUCACCUGUGUGCCCUGAACUCGAUGUGCUUGCUGCUGACAAAUUUGACUUCAAGCCAGAAAGAACAAUUUUACAGCCCGAAAGCUGCUCCGUUUCUUGGAGUUCUGGUCUGCCUGUGUCUUGAAGAGGCUGGGAAGCAACAGUUCAGGAAAAUUAAGGUGUCGGCCAUUGAGUGCUUAAUGGCGUGCGCCCAAGUUUUGAAGAAUCCCCCAGAGAACGACGAUGAAAACACUCAAGCUGGAGACAUUUUCAUGAAUUUUGUGCCUGGCAUCGUGAAAGGCUUGAAGCACGUCAUCUGCGCAGAUGAGAAGCAAGGUCAUGAAGUCACAGUGGUUGCUCUGCGGGCUUGGGGUUGUCUGAUAGCCCAGGUAAUGGACGUCCCGCUGAGCUCUCAGUUGAUCGGCGGCGAGGAGGAGAAACCCAAGUCGCUAUCGUCGGCCAGCAACCUCGCAGAAGUUCAACAGGUCAUCUCGGAUAAUAAGAGGAAUGCCGCUUUCUUCAAACUGGCAGACCAAAUGCUGCAGACGAACGUGGAGGCGGUGUGCAGCGCGCAGAACCACUCGCAUCACAAGGUCCGCCUUGAACUCAUUGCCUCGGCCAAACUCAUCCUGGUCAAAUGCUCAAAAAAUCUGCCGAAUUGUGUUGUGCCCCUGCUGGAGGUGUUGGUUGCCCUGAGCGAAGACACGGUCUCUGAGGUGUCAAAUGCGGCAAACGCUGCUCUGGAGGACGUGUCUAGAGUGUUUGGCGAUGAAAUGGAUCUGACGGAGAUUCUCGAAGGAAACUUGUAUCGAGUUGCUGAGCAGCUGCCGUCGAUUUUCACCAAGAAGGAUGAACGACGACAGCUCGCCGGCUUGGGACUUCUGGUUGGAUACCUCCGUCUUCUGAGCCACAAACUCCAGGAUGCGUUGCUCCUCCACUGCAAACUGGUGUUGGACUCUUUGAUGUUCGUCUGCACAUUUGAAACCGGACAUAUUGUCCUGCUUGAAGACCUGUCAAUCAAAGACGACGCAACUCCAGUUCAGAAUCGGCCAUGGCUGCAGCACAAACACUUCAUCGGUAGCGACGGGGGCGUGCUGCUGCGCAAGGCGUGCGGAAUUCUUGCUCAAGAGGCCGAACUGGUGGUGCCGCAGCUUCUGGCCGUCAUGGUGGACAAACCGGCCUUGCAGAAGGAGGCAGUGCACCUGAUUAACCUGACGCUUGGCCAUCUGACUGAGUUUCCUAAGGCGAAAUUGGUGGCUGAGAGCUUCGCUGAUCCGGCCGUCUGGGCCGUGCAGCUCACCCCUGAAGGAGACACGACUGUCGCUCAAGCCAGGUCAAACGUGGUGCUGGCGUGCCUGCUGUGCGAAGGUCUGGCGGCGGCGGCCACCUCGUCAGGUCGCAAGGUGCGUGAACUGCUGAGCGUGGUGUUGUACCCUGUGCUGGAGAGGGCCGGCAGCGGCAUCGAGCUCGUAUCCCUGGCAGGCCGGCUCGCCCUGUCCACCGUGGCCUCGUGCCUCGGACACCCGAGCAUGGCCGCUCUCGUGUGCAACGAGGCCGAGUACUUCACGCACUACGUCACAGUCAAGCUGCGCAGGCCCAAGGACAACCCUGGCGCGCUCCUCGUCCUCUGCGCCGUCCUCAAGCACGGCUCCAAGGAUAUUCUGCCAUCGGUCGAGCUUGUUGUUGGAGAUGUUUUGACUCGGUGUCAAGACAACAGAGUCAUUCCACGCUACAUGGACGUGUUCCUCGCCCUGAUCUCAAACAUUCGUCGGUUCUUCCCGCCGGAGGAGGUGCAGAACUCCGCAAAGAAAGUAGAAUUAGAACUCCACCACGAAUCUCCAGUCGUGGAACAGCUCCUACUCGUUGAAAAACUCAGUCGGGCGUCUGUGACGGACGCAGAGGAGGCCAAGGAGGAUGCGCAGAAAAUGGCUGAACCUGAGUCGGAAGAGAAGGAAAAGAUAGUUCCGAUUCACAUUAGGCUGAUCGAAGCGGUCCUGCAAAGGUGCUUCCACAUGCUGCCUUCAAAAGACAAAGAUAUUCAGAUCUUGGCUCUGAGAGCGAUGAAACGAGGUUUGCCGAUUCUGGAGCCGUACGAGGACCAGCUGUUGCCUCUGGUGCACAAACUGUGGUCUCCGCUCGUGCAGAGAUUCUCGCCAAAUCAGGACGUGGUCGUACUCAGACUGAGCUUCGAGCUGCUGUGCAUUGUGGCCAGUUGCAGCAAGAACUUUAUCAGGCACAGGUGCCUCGAGCAGGUCCUGCCGUCCAUCUGCCAGUUUGUCCGCAAACAGGCCAAUGUCACCAGCAGACACAGGGAAACGAUGCUGAGCCAGAGCAUGAAGCUUCAGAAAGCGGCCCUGGACAGGUUGGCCCCUCUUGCUCGCGAUUUGGACCUUCAGGAGGAAGAAAUCCACACGAUCCUAGAGGCAUGCAGUCCGUGCCUGAGUAGCGAGCAGCCUGUGGUUCUCCAGGAGAGCUGCGUUGAGCUGUUCAAGCAAAUGAGCAGAAUUAAUUCUGACGCCGUGUGGCUGAGACUGAAUAUUCUCUGGAAUGAAGGCAGGGAGUUUAAAAGCGUUUCUCACGCGUGUCCUAACAUUAGAUUACCACUCAUGGCAGCGAAUGCAGGCCGCUACAAAGCCAACGUGCAAUUGUUAUUGCAGCAUAUUAAAUGCUGACAGAUAUUUUAAAAUAAAACAACGUCAACUUUAA